AUGCGUGAGUGUUUCGCUCCCGGCUGCAAGAACAAUUCGGCAUGCAAUUCCGAUGUCUCGUUCCACAAGUUUCCGCAAGACGAAAGGGGAAGCUUGUGGAUUGCAGCGAUCGGUUAUAGCUCCGAUUGGGUGCCACCAUCGAGAGCAACGAUUUGCUCCGAUCAUUUCGCCCCUGAAUGCUACGGAAGCAACGCGGAACUAGAAGCGCAAUUUGGAGUCUCCAGACGAAGGUAUCUCAACCGGGAUGCUGUGCCGACGAUAUCUGCAGCUGCAAAUUGCGGAGGCAGGAAAAGACAGCGCAUGGAGACACAAGCUGAAGGUGGGAGUGAAGCUGGAAUGCCUCCUUUGCAGAAAGAAAGUGACGUUCAGACCACAACAGGCACCCUGGCACCGAUGGAAAAUUUGCCAUCCACAUCUGAAAUUCGUCCUCCUGUACUUCACUCUGGAGAGUACUGCCACCACUGUGGUCAGCUGCUCCCUCCAAGUUUGUGUACUUUGCCUUACAAGCCAGUGACACCCGCUUAA